AUGGGGGUACUCAGCCAGGUUGAUCGAUCAAAUUCUUGUGUGAAUCUUGGCCAAUGGUAUCAAUUUGUAGUUGAGGACACCAAAAGACAAAAGUACAAAUUUCGUACAAAAUUCAUAGAUUUUUAUAGCAUUUAUAGAAUAAUCUUUGCACAUUCUGAUUUCUUCUUUGAACCUACUCUACCAGUGUUUUUUUUUCACGAUAAAUUCCCUGAUUUUAUGCGAUUUCUUCAAGGCAUCAAUUGCUUGUUGCUUUGUACUAUAUUUUGGCAUGAGAAAGAUAAAAACAGUAUCGUAUUGCAUAUAAAAAUCUGUCCACACCGAGUUUGUGCUGGACCUGCCGAAUUCUUUCAGGUUCAGGAAAGUGUGAUUGCCUGUAUUUUGUAG